AUGUUAGCUCCGGGGUCGGGUAAUGUGAGUCUGCGGACUGUCAGCUCAAGUAGACCGCAGAUGAUACAUACCGAGGACCAACAGUCCGUUGCCGCUUCAGAUGACUAUUACUCCUUCUCAAGCCAGAGCUCCAGCGCAAGGUCUCGCAUGAGUGGCAGUCGAGUCAAUGUCGUGCGCUAUGCAACUCCCAAUUCGCGACCUGCAUCCCGUACUCCUUCCCCUAGCAUAUCAAGAACGCAUCUCGCCCCGCCGGUGGCUGGCACGCGAUCGCAACCCUCCGUGGAAUCCUCGAGCGACAAUAGAAACUUCACUACACCCGCGUCCCAUACCAUACGCUCCGUUGAGGAUAGAGAAGUCCACCUAAGCCCCAUGUCCAAUACAACAUCCAGUCAGGCGCCCGCUGACAGCUACGCGGGACGCCCACCAACACCCGGAAUGGACGACUCACCGUAUAUCCAUUUCGCCAUUAGCCAGCUCACGCGUGAUGAAGAAGUCGCGGGUCCCAGGAGGAGGAGUUCGAUUGUGAGCCAUGACUCUCCCGCCGAGCCGCUGCUCUGGGAUGAUGGCCUAGGCUGCUUCAUCCGCUCGCAUUGUCCUUCCUCGACUGCGGAAAUCAGACAUCAGCAAGCAUCUCCUGUCUCCGCAAGGAGAUCACCCCGAAAGUCGGUGGACCCGGAAUCAUUCAUACCAGUGGAACCCCCCGAAGAUAGUCUACUUUAUCCGGCAUUAGAUUAUGUGCCUCCUGUACUGCGCACAUGGGCGUUGGCCGCACUUACGACCUGCUGCUUGCUCAUGAUAGCAGGAAUUAUCUUUUGCAAUAUCUGGUCCACGAGGCAACAAGGACUUUGGGGCUAUGAGCAGCAAACUGGUUCCCAUUACUUUGUGAUGCAGUUCUUACCCCAGAUUCUAGGAAUAGCCAUCACCGGUUGGACAUUCGUUGUCCAAGCCGCCGUAUACCGUGUCAUGCCAUUUGCUAUCAUGGCAUCAGAACGACCAUUCGAUCGAGUUCUGCAAAGCCUGCCGGUUCUGUCACGCAAUUUCAUUGUGCCUGAUUUCUCUCACUUUCGACAUGGCGAAGCGCUUGUCGGUUUCUCUUUACUUUCAAUGUGGAUCUCAAAUCUCAUCGCAUUGCCGCUCCUCAGUUGUCUGUUCCAGGCCAAGUGGUAUGUGGUUGAUAACCAAGGCACGUGGCGAUGGGCUUCAGUCCAGGCUGUUGGGUGGACCCUAGUGGCUAUCUACAGUUUGAUGACUAUUGGACUGAUCCUGCUUAUGCUUCGCUUUGUGCGCACAUGGUCAGGUUUGAUGUGGGACCCUGUUAGCCUGGCCGAUUUGAUUUCAGUUAUCCAACGGUCAAACAUUCUACACGAUUUUGAACAGUCCGAAACAUUACCGCACGUCGGGGAGUCACUCGAUCCUCGAAUUCUCCGGCUGGGAUACUGGCAGUUGUCGAAUCGAGGAGAGACCUUCUAUGGGAUUGGUGAGGCUGAUGCUCCAAUCCGAACGCCGUCCCUACAUCACCUGGAAAAGAAUCUUCAAAUGCAGUCGCACGGUCUGUCCAAGGUCUCGUUUGACCAUGAACGCCAGGGUAUGGCAGAAAAGGGCGAAUACUGUGAGCAUCUGUACGCCCCUUCUGUUCGUUACCGAUGGGUUCCAUGGUUCCUGAAGGAUUCAUCAGUGAUUGCUUGGACGGUGAUCAUCUGUGCCCUGUUCAUUGCAUUCGUGCUGGUCAGCUUUAUCCAUGACGCUAUCCGAGGAGGCUUCCCCCCACGACUGCCAACUUUGCCUUCUACAGGCGCCUUUUCGUCAUCCAACUUCUGCUACAGCUUUGUUCCAGCUCUCAUUGGAAAUGUCUUUUUUCUCGCAUGGCAGCCGAUUGACGUCUUCUUCCGCGCCUCGCAGCCGUUUGCUUCUUUGUCAUCGUCGAAAGGUGCGCGCGCAGAGGAGAGUCUGUUACUGGCAUAUCCGUCUUGCCUUCCUUUCCAGGUGACUGCACUAGCGGUCAUCAACAAACAUUACAAAGUUGCAUGGAUUUCAUUCAUGAGCGUUGCAUCUGCCGUCAUUCCUAUACUCGCCGGAGGGGUGUUCAUUGCGCUUAAUUAUCCGGCCGAGCAUGCAGUGAAGAUUGCAGCCUCGAUGCCUGCUUUCUAUGCCCUGGUGGCUUUCUGUGCGCUUUAUACCGUUUCCUUCUUGUGUAUCUGGCCCCGCCGCCAACGCUACCUCCCUCAUGAUAUCAGCACGCUGGCCGAUCUGAUGAGCUUUCUCUACCAGAGCCCCCUCCUUGCGGACAAGAUAUUGCGCGAGCCUAGAAGCAAAGUAGAUCUUGUCACUCGACUGGUUGUCGCACCUCCUGGGGACAGAGAGCAUUCGGUGUACGGAUUUGGAAUAUAUACCUGCAAUAUACCUAAGAGUGUCCAUCUGCCUCUGGAAGACACGGUGACAUCUUUGUUUUUCAGUUCUUAUCUCUAUUCGCCCAAGGACCCAUUGAUAAGAGAAGGUUUCAUGGAGAUGGUGCCUCAGGCCUACUCAAACGCCCAGCCUGGCUCGCACUUAAAACUCAUCACUUUGGCGGUUUCUUUCUUCUCGGUGUCGGCAUGGACAGGCAACCGGUCAUACCUCCGAGCUGCCGAGCAGCUGUGUCUUCAAGCAAUAUCGAAGACCAGAGAAGCGAUUCAAGGUGGCAUUGACCAAAACCAAGAUGAGAUCCUGAUGACUGUUCUUCUGCUGUCCAUUUAUGAGGAAUUCUCGGCUUUGAAGGAGCGGAGGCCUCCAGGGAAGACACAUUUACGUGGCGCAAUUGCCUUGGUAAACAGUCGAAGUCCCGAUCAGCGGGAGACGGACAUUGCGAUAACGUUGGAAAACGCAGUACAUGCACAACUUAUCAAAACUUCCAAAGGGUUAGCGUACCCUGUUAUGCAGACACCCAAGGUUUGGCCACCCGCCCCGGUUGCGCCUGAAUCGGCUUCCACACAACUCUUGAUGGCGACAUCUGAGUUGGUCAGCCUUCGACAAGCAUGGGACAAGCUUGUCUUAGACGUCCGAGCCGAUAAUGUCACGGAGAUCGAGGCGAUCCUCGCGCGGGCAAUGCAUCUUGACACCAGACUCGUAGCUUGGACACAUGCCCUCCCCCUCCACUGGCAUCCUGUCCCUGCAACAAUGAUCUGCGAAUCCAUCCGCAAGGCAGGCAUGUACAAGAAUCGAUGCGACUGUUACUCGGACAUCUGGAUUGCCAGCACGUGGAAUUUCUAUCGCGACUCACGCAUCGUCAUCCAGAACAUCAUUCUCGGCUGUCUGCGCAUGCUUCCGCCUCCCCUCCGCACAGACAAUAUUCAGUGUGCCCUAGACAUUAUCCAAGAUCUCGCAACGGGAAUCUGUGCCACCAUUCCUUACUUUCUCGGAAGCCAGUCGAUGCCGGCCAGGAUGGGCAUGGAGAAGAUCGACUAUCCUGAGGCCGAUGGCCGCCGGGUCACUGCGGCUCAUCGACAAACCUCCCCACUUCUUGGGGGAUGGCUCGCAUCGACUAAUUUACUGAACAUGGCUAUGCUUCCUCUAACUGAUGAGCUACAUGCAUGGAUCUUGGAGCAAAAGCAACGUGCGCAAAACAUCAGAACGCCCCAGUUGAAACUUCAAAUACAACCUCUAACAACCCACCACAACCUCACCCGCCGAAUCCAACCUCCCUACCCCCUCCAAAAAGCCCAACUCAACCCUUCAAAAAUGGGCCUCCUCCGCUACUUCAUCCCAGACCAACAACAACCCUCCACCAACUCCGCAACCCCCUCAGAACAAACAACAACAAAGGAACCCACAUCAACCUCAACAGACCCCUCAAAUUCCCGCCCACAAACCACAGAGUUCGACCCCCCACUCCCCAAACUCUGGACCCCGCAAACAAACCUCAAGCUGCUGGUCGGCGGGCUCGCCUUCUUCACGCUGAGCGUGCUGACAACGCGGCGGGCGAUCCGGAAGCGCGCGCUGGCGUCGAUCCCGCCGUUCUACACCAGUGCGCCCUACCACAAGCCGGCCGUCAGCGGCGGCGUCGAGGCCUUCGAGGCCCUCAACCUCGCCACGCUGAACGUCCUCUCCUUCGCCAUGAUGAGCACCGGCGGCGUGCUGUACGCCAUGGACAUCAACGGCGUGGAUGACAUGCGGCGGUACGUGCGGCGGGCGGCGCUCUCGGAGGAGGACGCGGCCAAGGGGCUCGUCGAGGGGGACCGCGAGAUGGAGCGCGAGGUCGAGGAGUGGGCUGCCCGCGUCCUGGGUGAGAAGUUCGGGAAGGAGUUGAAGGUGCAGCGCGAGAAGGAACUUGCUGAGAACGCGAAGCGGGAUGGGGAGGGGAAUUGA